UAUUCAUCCUCUUUUUUAAUCAAACAUGCACGCAGUAGAAUUCUACCGCUAGCUAGCUAGUAGCUAACCAGCAAAAGAAUAGCAGCAGCAACCGACCGCCCAAUCUCAAUCAUAUUUAUUUGCACAACAACAAAAUCGAACAAGCAACACACUAACAAUGCCGUUGAACAAUGAUUUGCCUCCACCCCCGCGCCCUGCUGAUCCGCAGUUUCAAGACUGGCUGACCAGCUUCUUUGCAAGUCACCAAGCGCUCCAGGCAAGUCAUCAAGAGCUCCAGGGAAGUCAUCGAGCGCUCGAGGCAAGUCAUCGGACGCUCCAGGAUCAGGUUUGUGGCAUUGCCAUGGCUUUCGGUCCAGCCAUCAAAGUCGCAAUACUGGAGACCGCUGUCGGGGAAUUUGUUUGCCACCAUAUCCCCGAAGGUUGGGAGAAUGAGGAGGACAAGGAGUACUUUGAGUAUGGCUGUGCCAGAUUUGCAGGCGCGAUCUUAUCCAAUAUCCUGUACAACGGCCGAAUGCGGAUCGUGACGUGGCCCACCAUCGACGGCUUCGAUCUAAUUGAAGAUGGUCGUGGGCGCAUUGUGGUGGCGGUCCUUGAGGGUAUGCUUUCCUUUGUCCGGCAGGUGGACGCCGAGGCUCUCAUGGACUGGAAACAAGUACACCGACUACGAAAUGCGACUUGCCACAACGGACGACUCCUUAGCUCUCUGUUCGCCCGAGGUGAAGGUCCCUUUGCCAACAACGCACCAGCCGCUUACGCUCGUACAAAACAGCAGAUAAAUCAAAUGCGUGUUGUUUUCCAUCGGGAUGCACAAGCGCAUCACGCCAACGGCAACCGCUCAAUCGAUUUCUUGGUGGACCAGAUCGCGUCCGUCGUUGAGGACAAGGGAGUGCGUUACGCUGAACCAGACGCGCUACGGGUGUUGAAAGGUCAGCUGAACAAUAUCAUUUGAAACAGCAGCGCGAGCCACCGCAUGAAGAUGAAAGGGAGAAGAAAAGUUGAAGUUGAGAGAUGGAAAGCAACGGAAUUCAAGAAGUAUGAAUCGCAACAGAAUUCGAGGAGACGUCUAGAGAACCAACAAGUGGUCCAUCUCAUGUGCCACUGAUUGCAUUUUUUCGACUACUUAUUUAGCAUUGAAAUUUAUCCUACAUCAUCAUUGAAUUGCCCACUUGGCAAUGCCCCAGCUGAAAGGAAACCGGUGUUUGAACCCUUUUAAGAGCCAUGUAGAUAAUGACAAAAGAAACAUUAGCCAGAGCAAAUCAUUCCAUGGUAGCUGGCAGAUAAUAUAAGAUAACAAAGGUGGCCUUCAAGCUCCUUCUGCCUUGCGUCUUUCCAUUAACUGUUCAAAUUUUUCGCGGUUCUCUUCACCGUUCUUGACAGCUCGUUGUAUCCAAUACAAUUCAGUUCAUUCUUCUUCUUAAGAACCCCAGC